AUGGUUCAUUACAGGACGAUGCUCAGGGUGCCCCGGAGGGGCGUGUGCAUGAGUUACCUCGCGCGCUUACGGGCUGGUGUGUGGUGUUGCGUUGAGAGUGGGGUUGGUGCUGAAAGUGCUGUAGGUGACAGGCUGCGCGUUGGGAUACGAAAGGGGCUGUUCGCACUCCCAGAGCAUGCGCACACGUCCGUCAUAUGCGUCGGACCCGGGACGGGCAUUGCGCCGAGGCGCGCACUGAUUGAGGAGCGGGUGUUCGCGGGCUCAACGGAAAAGACACUGUACUUUGGCUGCCGCUUGGCGAAGAACGACCAGCACUACUAUAGUGAAUGGGAGGCGCACGUGUGGAGGGAGCUCACGUACCGCGUUAUAUACUCGCGCAAUGGCCUACCGGGGGGUCGCUCGGACGUAUGUGCCUUCGACCGCGAAACCCGACCCACGAUGGUGUGCGGAGAUGGAAACACUCAAAAGUUUGGAAAUGUCGACGGUCUUCGCGUGACCGGACGCGGUUUGCUCUUCGUGUCCGCCACCGUCAUGCCUUGGCCCAACAGAGUCCUUGCUCAGUUCGCACUUGUCCCUCCGAACCCUCGUGAAAAUGAGUAUUACGGGCCUUAUAACAAACUUUUGAACUAUCUUUUCCCCCCUGACUCGCCUUACACUGUUGUUCCCCAGUAUCUGCAACCUGCCUCUGCGAAAGGUAUCGAGUAUGUCGUUCUCUUCGAGAUCGUCGUCGAGAAUAGACCCGUCUUCAUAUUGGAAGUGAAGGAGCCCGUCGACCUCGAGUACGUAUCUGCGCGGGAGAGUGCCGAUGACCAGAUCAGACACUGCAUUGAAGAUUUAGUAGGUCGAUGCCCCAUCCCUACGCUGCAUGCCGUCAGCGCUAUGGGAACUAGGCUGUGUUUCUACCGCCAGGACACCGGUCCUGGUGCUGGGCCAAUUUUACCAAUCGGUAUCGCUCGACAUCCCGAGAGAGUUAACGACGCUGCGCCGGCGGAGCGGUGGGAUUGUGACAUCCUGGAUCCUGAAGGGGAGGCGAGGUUUCGUGCGGUAGUUGAGGAGAUAAAGGUAGGAUGUGUGGAUCUUGCGUAA